AUGUUCACCAUGCCCUGGACGGCGACUCGUGCUUUCCCUCACCCGCUAGCAAACAUCCAGCGCAGCAAGGACCUGGAGCCACAGGCCACCAAUUGGCUGUCGUAUGGCGUCGUUGAGUUGAUGACCUGGCAGGGUCUGGGCGAUGUCAUCAACAGCUGGCGAAGGAAACAUCUUCAGCUUGCGCCGAUUCCCGCCAGCAUGGGACCAGGCGUGACAACUUUUCUCAAGAUCCCCCACACAUACUGCUGGUCACCGGCCGUGGUUCCCAAGCCUGCCGAUUGGGGUCCAGAGAUUGACGUUUGUGGCUUCUUCAUGCGCGACGAGCCAUCCUAUAAGCCACCUGCUGACUUGGACGCCUUUAUUUCAGCCGUUCCGCCUCCGUUGUAUGUUGGAUUCGGUAGUAUUGUUGUCGAUGACCCAGGACGUUUGACAGACGUAAUCCUCGAGGCCGCGGGCAUUUGCGGCAUCCGUGUCAUCAUCUCGCGAGGAUGGAGCAAGCUCGGCGAGGGGAAGUCAAGCACAAACAGCGUGUUUUAUCUCGGAGAUUGCCCACACGAGUGGGUGUUCAAAAGAGUGUCAGCCGUGGUGCAUCAUGGAGGAGCUGGAACGACAGCUUGUGGCCUUAUCAAUGCGAGACCGACUAUCAUCGUGCCGUUCUUCGGCGACCAGCCGUUUUGGGGCCGGGUCAUUGCAAAGUCAGGAGCGGGACCGUUACCGAUUCCUCAAAAAGAGCUCCACACGCAGAAGCUCGUAGAGGCAAUUCAGUAUUGUCUGUCGCCCGAAGCAAACCGUGCCGUCCAAGAAGUAGCCAGCGCCAUGCGGCAAGAACGUGGCGUCGAUACCGCUACAGAGUCGUUCCAUCGUAACAUUCCUGCCAGCGAUCUGAGCUGCGAUCUGAUUUCUGGUCAACGCGCCGCCUGGCUGUUUGAAAAGCAGUCCAAAACGGGCAUCAAGCGGAUAAGGCUUUCAAAUCAAGCAGCAUCAUCUCUGAUCGUUGCGAAGAAGAUGAAGAUGUCUGACUUGAAGCCUCUGCGAACGAAAGAAUACGACACCGAUGUGAAACGAUGGGAUCCCAUCACUGGUGGUGCCUCUUCACUCCUAGGCACCGUCACCGACUUCACCGUCGCUCUGGGCGGCACCUUCAUCGAUCCAUGGAAGGAAUACAAGCGUUCCCGGGCGUCUGGUCAUGAGGCCGGCUCGGCGAGCGGUGCGGCCGCAGUGGCUGUGGGUAAGGGAUUUGCCUCCAUGUCUGGAGCGAUCGUCAAGGGCGGCCUUGUGAGCAUGCCCCUCGCCAUCACAGAAGGCCUUCACAACGCUCCCAGUCUGUACGGCGACAAGGUACGAGACAAUGGCAAGGUAGAAGACUGGAAGAGCGGAGGAGUUGUAGCCGCAAAGACUUUUGGAACCGGAUUCUAUGACGGACUGACGGGUGUCUUCACCGAUCCCUACAAAGGUGCGAAGGAAGGAGGUGCUCUUGGCCUAGCAAAGGGAGUUGCCACGGGAUCGUUCGGCCUUAUUCUCAAGCCAGGAGCUGCAAUGUUCGGACUCGUCGCAUACCCUGCCCAAGGAAUUCAUAAAUCCCUCAAGGCAAGGACCGGCCGCAGCCAUGAAGUGUUGAAGGCGAAAACCGCGCUCCUGGACCACGACCAACGACAGAACAACGGGAACCCCCGCGACGGAAGCAAGGUCCUGCAGGUGUUCGACGCCUACUUUACGCAAUAG